ACGGAUCCUGUGGUCCAUAAGACUGCAUCAGUCUUAAGUUGGGUCAAUCAGGGGGAGAGUCUAAGUGGUGAGGAGUGGAACCGUCACUUGGUUGUACGUCUAUCACCAUGGUUGACACGCAUACAGGAGCGAGCACCUCCCCUUACACAGCAGAGCAGGAUGCGAAGGCCGUCGCCAUCCUGAAAGAGAGAAGAGAGAAAAAGGAGGCCAAGAAGAAGGCCUUGAUGGAAGAACAAGCGACAAAGUUGAAGAAGAUUGAGGAGGAGAUGGCCAGAGAAAAAGAGAGGUUAAGGAAAGUAGAAGAAGAGAAGCUCAAGGUAGUAGAAGAGGAGGAAGAGCUACAAGAACAGCCACUGGAAAGCCGAAGGGCAGGAGGAAGAGGAGAAUCCAGUGGAACAAAGGAAGAUCAGAUGGAGAAGAAGAUUACGGAGUGGGUUGCUGGUUCAUCCCUGGGAGAAGAAGAGGAGGCACUAAUGUAUGUGCCCAGGGAAGAACAAGAGGCGACCAUGAGAGAGUGGGAUGCAAAAGAAGAGGAGGCACUAAUGUAUAUGCCCAGGGAAGAACAAGCGGCAAGCUAUAGAAGAUGAGAAGAGGAUGGAGUGGAAGUUCCGAUUGACGAGUCAGAGGAAAAGGAGAAUGGAGGCGGCGAGCCAGGCGGCGAAAGAAUUGGGGGAGGUAAAGAAACAAAGAGAGCAGAUGGCG